CCCAGUACUGCAAGUUUACAGGAUCAUUUGAGCGAAUUUAAGUUUAUUCGAUAUAAUAAUAAUCAAAGAGUCUAAAUUAAAGUAUCUCUGUUUAUAGUCGGUGCGGCGGCACAAACAACGCGAAACUUUAAAGCUCGACCGGAGAAGAUUAAUAUUAACAAUAUCCACUGAUCAUCAUCUCUUAUUCAACUCGACAGCAGAAUGAAUAGAUUUCUUUCAAUCUUGCUUUUCUCAAUAUUCGUGGACAUUGUGUUUGGUGCUGAGACUGCUAAAGAAGUGACGGAAGGAGGUUCUGUUACUCUAAAGACUGACACUGAAACACAAGGAUUUAUUCUGUUAGAGUGGAUAUUUUUACCUACUAACUCCGUUAUAGCUCGAGUAGAUGGAGAGUUCAAGAAGGUCACAAAUGUUGAUAAAACGCUAUUCAGAGACAGAAUACAGCUGGAUCAGACUGGAUUGCUCACCAUCAGAAACAUCCGAACCAAACACUCUGGUCAAUAUAAAGCAGAGAUCAGCAGCAGCACAGGGACCUCAUCCGAGAUAUUCAAUGUUACUGUCAAUGAUUCUCCAUUAGUUCAUAAACAGAGAGAAUAUCUGAAGACUGUAUCAGUGAAGCAAGGAGAUACAGUCACUCUAAACAAUGAUGUUGGAACACAUGGAGAUGAGCUGAUACUGUGGAGGUUUGGACCUGAAGGCUCUCUCAUAGCUAAAUGCGAUAAAGAGGACAAUAAUAUCUCACUAUAUGAUAAUGCUUAUGGGAGUUUCAAAGGCAGAAUUCAGCUGGAUCAGACUGGGUCUCUCAUCAUCACAAACACCAGCGUCAAAGACUCUGGACAUUAUCAACUACAUAUCACCAACAACAUAGAGACCAAACACAAGAUAUUCAGUGUUUCUGUCAGUGCUUUAGGUCUGUCUUCAGGUGAUAUAGCAGGAAUUUGUGUUGGUGUUCUGCUGCUCAUGGCUGCUGCUGCUGCUGCUGCUGCUGGUGUGAUUUACAGGUUCUGUAACCUAAAGGUGAAGAGAGUGAUAAAGAUGAAGGGAGAUCCUGUUCUUCUAAGCACUGAUGAUACUCGUAUAAAGAGAGAAGAUGUGAAUGUGUAUUUUGGAAACACUCUCAUAGCGAAAAUCAGAAGAGGGACGAUCACACCUGUCGAUGAUGAAUACAAUAACAGACUGCAGCUGGACCAGACUGCUGGAUCUCUGACCAUCACAAACACCACAGACACAGACUCUGGAGAUUAUAAACUGAACAUCAUCAUCCACAGCAAAGAGAUCACAUACAAGAGAAUAAAUGUUACUGUCUAUGGUGAUAAAGUGAUCAGAAAGCAGAUGGUGGAGGGAGUUUCUUUGACUCUAAACACUAUUGAAAUACAGAACGAUGCUGUAAUAGUGAAAUUUGAAAACACCGUCAUAGCUAAAAAAAAUCUAAAAGAUACAGAUAUCUCAUGUGAAGAUGUUCUUGGUGGGAUGUUCAAAGACAGAUUGCAUGUGAACCUAAAGACUGGAUCUUUUACCAUCACAAACAGCAGAAUUACAGACUCUGGAGUGUUUGACAUAAUUAUCAACAGCGCUAGAGUAAAUAUACAGAAGAGAUUCAAGGUCACUGUCUAUGAUAAAGCGGUGUCAGUAAUGAAGGGAGAAUCUGUCACUCUAAGCACCGCUGAUCGUCAUAUACAGAGAGAUGAUCUGAACGUGUAUUUUGAAGACACUCUCAUAGCUGAAAUCAGAAGUGGGGAGAUCACACGUGUUGAUGAGAGAUUCAGAGGAGGCAGACUGCAGAUGGGUCAGACUGCUGGAUGUCUCACCAUCACAAACACUAAAAUCACAGACUCUGGAUUUUAUACACUGAAGAUCAUCAGCAGCACCAGUGGAGAGUUCACAUACAAGAGAUUAUUUGUUACUGUCAAUGGUGAUGAAGUGAUCAGAAAGCAGGUGCAGGAGGGAUAUUCUGUUAUUCUGUACGUGUUUACUGCAAUACAGGAAGAUGCUCUAAUAGUGUGGAGAUUUGACAACAGUGUCAUAGCUAACAAAAAACAAAAUGAUGGAAGUAUCUCAUAUGAAGAUGCUCUUGGUGGAAAAUUCAGAGACAGAUUGCAUGUGAACCUAAAGACUGGAUCUCUCACCAUCCAAAAGAGCAGAAUUACAGACUCUGGAGAAUAUGAUGUAAAGAUCAUCAACAGCAAAGCAAAUAUACACAUGAGAUUCAAUAUUGCUGUCUGUGAUUCCACAGGAAGCAAUAAGAAAGAAUCAACAGUGAUAAACGUGCCUCCGAAAUGAGUUGGUUCAUUGGUUGAAUAAUGAGGAUGCUGAUGGAGUGAAUGAGAAUCAGAGCACACAAGAGUUAAAAGAGACGCUCAGCAGCACUGGUUUGAAUCGCUGUUACAUCAUUAACAUUUGAAUUCAACCUACAGUAACAAAAAAUUUUUUUCUUUGCAAUAGGUGGUGCAUUGCAUGACAUAAUUCUGCUACAAAUUAUCUUAUGCAUUAGCAGAGGUCUUAACAAAUCGAAUGAUGAAAAUUAAACUAGAAUGCUGCAUCUGCUUCUGUGGCAGGGUGGAGGGCUGGGCCGGCGGGACGUGAUCCUACACACCCUCUAUCGGACGACAGCCGCGCCUCUCCGGGCGGAUCCGAGGCAGUUCUCCAGCCCCUGGCGGACGGAACACCCCGCCGCAUUCUCGGGGAACAGAAGGGGUCUCCCCCGCACCUGGCAGCGGUUCUCUCACUCCAGGCGGUCGCCAGUGAGCCCCUCCCCACUCGCGGUCGGCGGUCUUAAACCCCGCUGCGUUUCAGCGGCCGGUAGGCGACUCCUGCGCCCCUGGCAGUGGCCCUGACCGCUCCAGGCGGUCGGCUAGGAGCCCCUUCUCCCCUCGCGGUUGGCCGCGGCUGCUCCGUUGGGGUGGACGGUAGUGGCGAGAACUCUACUACAGGGUAUCCCUCCUCCUUCCCGGGCUUCAUUACCAGUGUAAAGGUAUUCAAUGGAACGGAGGAGGCGAGAACCGGCUUGACGAUAUAAAUAAAAGUUUUAAUGAUAAACUUAAAAGAAGACAUAAACACACACAUGACGGACAUGUCCGCUAACAAUCUCUCUCUCCCGCACGAUACUCUGCAGUCGGCCUUUAAACCUCAAGAGGCUUGAUUAGCCUAAUACGGGACCGGGUGUGUAGGAUCACGACCCGGCCCCGCCCUCCACCCUGCCACAGAAGCGCUUCAAAUCCUGCAUGAGAACGUUCAGAAAUGAUUGACAGGACGAAAGCGCAUCAUAGUCUUCUGAUCACACGAAUGAAGUAUGUGUCCGCAGUAUUUUCUGCAUACUACACUGAAUAUGGUGUUACGUUAUAUUGUUUUAUAAUACACUGCAUGUGCCACUAUUUAUACUACAGUAUAGAAACCAUCAUAUAAACCGUAAUGGCUUGGUUUUAGCAGAAACUAUAAUGGUGGGUCUCCACUUGUAAUGUGUUGGCUCUGGUAUGUUAUGUCUAGUGGAAAAUAUAACAAUAUAUAUAUAAUGGAAACCAAUACAAACCAUUACAUUCUAAAGGCAUAUGACCCAAAACGCACUACACACCUGAUGGGAUUUGUAAGGGAAACCAAUGCAACCAUUAUAGACCAUUUCUUAUUCUUUUGCAAUCUUAACAUUUCAUUAAAGAUAUUUAUUAAUUUGUGCAAUUAUGCAAUUGGUGUAAUUGAUUUGUAUAUAAAUAUAUUUUAACAUUUUUGUACUGAAGCAGUUAUAUUUGUGCUGACAAACUAUAGGCAAGAUGAUAGUUUCGCAUUUAUAAGCAUUAUAUUUUUGAAUAAACUGACUUUGUUUAUUUGCACAGAUUUAAACUUGCUUAGUUACUGAUGAUGGGUGUUUGGUUAUGUGUACAUUUAGGGAAGUGGGACCCAUUUUGAAAAUCUGCUUAAGGCCCAAAUAACGCUAGGGUCCUGUGGUAAGCUGAGAAACUGAAGUACAAAAAGUGUGAAGAAACAUGUUUCUGUUUUAAAGUUGAUGCAACACUUGAUGCCUUCAUUCAUAUCAAUGAUCAAUUUGAUGUAUAAUUUGUAUUAUUUUAGAUUUUAUACCUAUACAGUAACGUUAAUCACAGCAUACAUCAUAUUAUCGGUUUGCCUUUCAUAUCUUUAACAUUGUGUGAUUGUAUUCUGCAAGCUUUAAAUAUCUAUUAAGAAACAUUAGACAUUAUAUAUGAAGAUCAGAUUGUACCACAGCAGAACAUCUCUUAGGGCUGGAUAUCGCCAUCCACCUCACAAUAAGAUGUCUCAUGUCAUACAUGUCACUAUUCGAUAUAUCAUGAAACAUUGCGAUAUAAGAGUGGUGGUGGCGUAGUGUGCUAAAUUACAUAGUUGUUAAUCAGAAGGUUGCUGGUUCGAUCUCCACAGCCACCACCAUUGUGUCCUUGAGCAAGACACUUAACUCCAGGUUGCUCCGGGGGGAUUGUCCUGGGGAUUGAUUGUAUUCUGCAUUCACAGAACAGAACAGAACAGUGUAUUUUUGGGUCUACAAAUGCUCAAAACUUCACUUUAACACUUUCCUCAUGUGUAGAAGAAUCUAGAAAUUCUGUAUAGAACUGUGUUCUGCAUUCUGACCACAAAACAGGUCAUAAAGAAUAAUA